ACUUAUUGACAGUUGCAUUUCAGAGGAUGUGAGUGAUAUUGAACAUGAAGUUCACGUUGUCUCAAGAAAUCUUGGAGAUAUUCCUGAAGGAAGCAAAGCAUCGAACUGUUGAAGCAGUCUUGUUCGGGAGUCCAAUAGUACGUGAAAAAGAAAAUGGCGAAGAUCAAUCCAUCGUAUCAACUUGGGCGUGGGCAGUUUCUGGCGUUUCCCAAGGGACGGACUCUCCUACGGAAUGCUAUGAUUUUGGAGACUUCUGGAGUGCACCGAAGCUCGACAACUUGCAGAAUGCAUUCAAAAACGUGACUCGAGCUCUGCCUGGUGGCUGGGUUGUGACCGGAUUCAUCGUCAGUCCUGAAUAUGACGCCCUGCAACGCUCCUUGGAGUUCAGAGAUGCGUGCAAGGAAUGGAAUCCACACUGCCAAAUUAAGUGCCAGUUGGUGCUGCAGUCCAUGGCACCCAGCGAAGACGGGGGUACGCCUGAGUACCUAUCCUUCUGCUUGGAUGGAGAGUCAAAUCUGGAACCUUGCGACAGUUCGAAGACUCCCCUUGUUAUCCAGCCGAUCGCUGAAACUAUGAUGGAACUGAAAUUGUUCAGGAUACGUGGCAGACUACCGUUGAGUUAUCACGUGUCUGAUGGAACAACGACACUGUGGGAAGAAGCUGAAUAUCUUCGAAAUCGAAUUCUGUCGAACUCAACUGCGUUUGUCGUUGAUCAUUGUCCGUCAAUUGUGAUCAAGUCUUCGAUUCGGGAAAGUGCAGAGCAGUUGGAUGAUACUAAAGUGCGGGGCAUAUGGAAGGAGAUAUUGAAGGCUCGUGAAGAGAAGGAUGAGCUUGUUGCGAAGCAUCAAGAAGGAAACUUUGACUGCACGCUUGAUUUAUCUUUGGUACAAAAUGUGGGAGAGGACGCCACGUAUAAUGAAAAUGUUCUUCAUGCCCCGUCGAUAAAGCAAGAAGUUGGAGUUAAAAACGGGGUCUCAUUGCAUAUCGAAGUUGAUUGUUUGGCGAUAAUCCCCCUGGAUACGUUGUGCAUGAUGCUUCCGCCGAUACUUCGACAUUCCAUCGCUCACCAGCUGAAACGUGCCGUCUUUUGGCUGGGUAAAGCAGCGAAGUCAAGUGGAAUUGAGUUUAAACAGAUCCAAAAACUGAAAACUGUGCAUGUGAUCGCUGGUUCAUUGAACUUCCCGGUAACCCUCAUGUUCCCUAUAGGGGUUGAAGAAAACCAUCCAGCUCUGGUGGCUUUCAGGGAAGCUCUUCAUGACGCCUUCUUGCUUCCUGCGGACCAUCCGAUUUUUCGUUGCGGGAACAAGCAUUACUUUUUCGAUGAUUUGGGAGCUGUUGGUAAACUGAUGAAUCCGCACGCUGGCAUCAGUUCUUGCGAUGAUAAGGUGAAUGAUGAUGGUUGGGGAUGUGCGUAUAGAAGUCUGCAGACAUUGGCAUCCUGGAUAAGGAUGGAAGGAUAUUCAACCAAAGAAGUUCCAACGAUCCGAGAUAUUCAGCAAUGUUUGGUCGACAUCGGCGACAAGCCACCGAAAUUUGUUGGAUCUAGAAUGUGGAUCGGAUCAACGGAAGUAGGAUUCGUGUUGGAGAAAUGGUUCGGUAUAACGCAUAAAAUAUCGCACGUCAGUUCCGGAGCAGACAUGAUAAGCAAGGCCAGGGAAUUGAAACGUCACUUUGAAACGCAGGGCUCUCCUGUCAUGAUCGGUGGAGGUGACCUUGCUCACACUAUCCUGGGAGUGCAAUUCAACGAAGACACGGGAGAUGAUGUGGAAACAGAAUUGAAGGGUUUUUACGUGCUCGAUAAUUUCCGCGUUUUGGAAAUGAACGAUAAGGGUGAAGGAAAUAUUGCCGAAAGCGCGGAAGAUGGGGAAGAAUCUGAUGAUGGUGAGACUGUGGAAGAAAGUCCAUGCGGCCGCUGGCUCAAGCGGCGAGAGGAGGUUCAUCAACGCAACGUUCCAGGCAUAGAUAAUGCAUUUCUCGCGAUGGAUUCCGAAGACGGAGUGGAAGUUGUGUGGAAUGAAAUAUUGUUCGACGAACUCAUUGAAAUGGAAAAUCAGGAGGCCAAACUGAGAAGAAUAUUUGACAACUUGAUAGAGCUAGAACAUCCGAACAUCGUUAAAUUCCAUAAAUACUGGUUGGACAAGCGUCAAGAAAGUCCUCGUGUAGUGUUCAUCUCAGAAUACAUGCCUUCCGGCUCAUUGAAGCAAUUUCUGAAGCGUACGAAAAGCAAUUUGAAGCGUCUUUCUUUACAAUCUUGGAAACGCUGGUGUACGCAAAUAACGUCUGCUCUUAGUUUCCUGCAUUCUUUUUCUCCUCCCAUAAUUCACGGGAAUUUGAACUGUGAUACAAUUUUCAUUCAGCAUAAUGGACUCAUCAAGAUAGGGUCAGUUGCGCCUGACGCUAGCAAUACAUUUGUUAAAACGCGGUUGGAUUUGACCAAAAAUCGCCAUUGCGUUCCUCCGGAAUACGUCACGGAAUGUGUCAUGACAACUGCGGGGGAUAUUUACUCGUUUGGUGUUUGUGCCUUGGAAAUGGCUGUGUUUGAAAUCCAGAGUCAAGGAAGCAUUCAGGAUGAUUGCCAUAUCGAUAAAGGAGUGCUCGAUGCUUUGGAUUCUCUCAGGGAGGAAGGAAAUCCUUUACAGUUGGACUUUUUGCAACGUUGUUUACGCACUGUCCCGGGCGAAAGAAUAAGUGCUCGGGAGCUGCUCUUCCAUCCAAUGUUGUUCGAGGUUCAUCCCUUGAAGUUACUUGCAGCGCACUGUUUGGUUCAUAGUUCCGAUUUUUCUUCGGAAUCUGUUACGGAGGUUGCAAUUCAGAGCAAAUACGGACAAGACCGAAUUCUUGCCGAAUUUAGGUGUGGAAACGGAAAUGUUCAACAAUUCAGGCUUUCAGACUUUCCAGUUGGGGAGAAGCUGGAAACAUUCAUGGAAGAUGUGCAAUUCGGGAUAUAUCCGCUGACCGCAUUUGCAUGCGAGUUGCCGUGCUUCAGGCGGCAGUCCUCGGAGCAGAUUCCAUCGCCAGAAAGUGAGGGUACUAUAGUUGGAGGCUGUGGCAGUACUGUUGGCGUCGGUGGUUCCGGUGCAAUUAUGAAGUCGGAAGGCAGUGCUGCGUUAACGAGAAAUAAUUCUUUCGCCUCGGACGUUUCCCCAAGUCGAGAGAAGGCGUUGGAUUUCGAACUCAGAAGAGUAGUCAAUAUGUUAUGCACCAUCAAAACAAAUUUAGCCGACGGUGAUGCUUCGAGUAAACCUGCUUUUUCGCUGAGCAUCCUGCUACGAAUGGAAGACAAAAUGAAUAGGCAACUGAUGUGUGAUCUGAAGGAAGAUGACACAGCUGAGUCGCUUGCUUCGGAUCUGGUCCGUCAUAGUCUCGUUUGCAGAGACGACGAGCCGGUGUUGAGAGGAUUGAUAGCAGAAAUGAUGGAAACGUUGGCAUCUGGUUGCAGCAGCAGUGCUUCGGCAAUCCUGGACCGUACGGAUAUUCCAAUCUCAUUCUUUGAGAGUGGAUUAAUGAAAGACAUUCUUGUUCCGAUCGGACCAAGUGGCCCUGAUUGCCAGGCGUCGAGAAUGAACUCCGCGAAUUCACCUGGUCGUCUUCUCAUGGCCGCGUCAGAACAUUCGAGCAAUUGAUAUUUGUGCGGCGAUCCCCGUACCAGAGUUUAGGAAUUAUUUUUGUACAAUCUUUUCGCUGUUAUCGCUUGAAAUUUUUCCUAGUCGAAAGUUUUUUGCGAAACUCUUAGAUGGAUAAUACGUGGAAAUGUUCUUUCUUAGGACCCAUGAUGCUUCAGUGAAAUCGAGUCUAUCACCCUUGUAUAAAGUUGUCAUGAAUCAUGCGAUCUUUCGAAGCCAUCGUGUAGCUCAGUGUUUUCCUUUGAUAGUUGAGAGGUUUAUCGCUGCGGCAGCAUCAUUUCAAACGAAUAAUAAAACUUAUAUUAUGGAAGACUAUCUGACGAAAGGGUUUGACUCGCGACGAAUAAAUGUAGGGAUUUCAUCGAAGUAUUAUCAAAGUAACUAUUUUCAGGAUUUCAGAAACGCUCGGCAGAAAUUUCCGAAAGCUUAAAUCUUAUUGCAAUGUGGAAUUUUUUUAUGGUUAAUUGGCACUUGGAACCCUGCCUUCCAUCAAGUAAAUUCUGGGCAUUUUUUGUUUUAUUCUAAGUCAAACUUCCUUUUUUCUGAACUGGAAAAGUAAAAAGAAAAGGUUACCAGUGCUUAUUCUGAUGGAAAUUUGUUUUUAUGACGGUUGUGUAAAGAAGCUGUGGAACUUCCUGGUGAAUGCCUGCCUAUUCAUGGAAAAUGAUCAAUAUGUUCAAUUGCUUGCCAAUGUACAUUAUUGCUUGAUUAAUUGGCUUCCUAUGUGAGUGAAUUCAAUUAAAAGGUUUGCCAAAGAACUUCUAAUGUUUCAAAUCACUGUCACGGGGGUGGGAAGGUAGCUUUGACUUCUAUUCGAUAAGUUGAGUUAAGCAGGACUCGUCGUGCGCGGAACGGGUGAUCUGUAAAAUCCAACUUAACUGAACUGUUAACUGAAAUCCAACUCUGGCGUUUGUCACUUUCUUGUUGUACUGUAGUUUUACCCUGCAAUUGUUGGUCCAAAUUCUGUGAUGAAAUUUUCUUUUCGAAGGUGAAGUUAAUUAUGAAUUUCAAGAUAGGAUAUUUCAGUUGUUCGUGUUAUUGGGAAGUUUUCUUGAAUAAAAUCUUUCAAGAAAUCUAGAAUUACA